AUGUCUCGUGAAGGCUACCAAGUCCCCACCGGCUCCGCCGUCAGCCCCUUCGACUUCGGCACCAGCCAGCAGCGACAGGCCAGCUUCUCAGCCGGUGGUGCCGCCAACCCUUCUGACAACGAGCCCCUCAUCCGGUAUCUGUGCGGCGACUGCGGUACGCCCAACCAACUGAAGAAGUCACAGCCGGUGCAGUGCCUCGACUGUGGCUGUCGUGUGCUCUACAAGGAGCGGACAAAGAGGUGA